AUGAAAGAGUACAAUAAAGAAAAACCCAGCAGGUAUAUUAUGUAUCUAGACGCUAAUAAUUUAUACGGUUAUGCGAUGAGCCAGUAUCUUCCAACAGGUGGAUUUAAAUGGCUAACAGAGAAGCAAAUUGAUAAGAUUAUGAAGAAGACAAUAUUACCUGAUAAUAAAAAAGGAUAUAUACUUGAAGUUGAUUUGGAAUACCCUGAAGAAUUACAUGAGCUGCAUAAUGAUUAUCCCUUAGCUGCAGAAAAAAUGAAGGUAACAAAAGAUAUGCUUUCACCAUAAAACUAUUCAGGAGAAGCUUGGAGUAACAAUAGGACAGGUAGCUAAAUUAACCCCAACAUUAACAGAAAAGAAGAAUUAUGUAUUGCACUAUAGGAAUUUACAACUUUAUCUAUCACUAGGUCUGAAACUGAAAAAAGUCCACAGAGUAUUAGAAUUUAAUCAGAGCUCAUGGUUGAGACAAUAUAUUGAUUUCAAUACACAGAAGCGUGCGGGUGCAAAAAUGCAUUUGAGAAGGAUUUUUUUAAGCUUAUGAAUAAUUCAGUGUAUGGCAAAACUUGUGACAAUUUACGAAAGCGUGUUGAUGUAAGAUUGGUGACUGAUCAAAAUAAGUUAUCUAAACUUGCAAGCAAGCCAACAUAUGUUAACAGUAAAAUAUUCACUGAGGACCUUGUUGUGGUUCAUAAAAUCAAAGAAACACUAAAACUUGAUGGACCAGCUUAUGUUGGAAUGUGCAUUUUAGAUCUUUCAAAGACACUCAUGUAUGAUUUUCAUUAUAAUUACAUUAAAAAGAGAUACCAUAACAAGGCUAAAUUAUACAAUAACAAGGCUAAAUUAUUAUUUAUAGAUACAGAAAGUCUUUGUUAUGAAGUAGAAACACAGGAUAUUUAUGAGGAGUUAUGGCAGGAUAGAAAUUUAUAUGACAACAGUGAUUAUCCAAAAGACAGCAAAUUUUUUGAUUCAACAAAUAAAAAAGUUAAAGAUGAAGCAGCUGGUAUGCCUAUUGUGGAAUUUAUUGGUCUUAGAAGUAAGAUGUAUUCUUAUGUGAAAGACAAUGGUAAGAAUGAGAAGGCGGCUAAAGUUGUUAGAAAGUAUGUUAUAAAGAAG